GCCCCGGCCGUAGGUAGGGUUAGUAUUAGACCGCCAUGUGUCGGUAAGGUAUAAAAGCCCUACUCGAUAGGUUCAAAGCACACUCGUUCCCUUGUCUUCCUUCAUCGCCUCAAGCAUAUUCCAUUAUACCCAUCAAAAUGUACAAACUGGUCGUAUUCACUGCCCUCCUGGCUUGCGCCGCUGCCGCUCCCGGCCUCAUCAGCCCAUAUGCGUCAUAUGCGUCCCCGUACGCUGCUUCCUACGCUUCUCCCUACGCUUCUCCCUACGCUGCUCCUUACGCCGCGCCCUGGGGCAAUGGACUGGUUGGUGCCCCUCUUGUAGGUGCCCCUGUCGUGAAGACCGUCGCCCCUGUAGCCACUUCUUAUGCUAACACUGUCAGGAUUGCGUCCCCUGCCGUUGUUGCUGCUCAUGCUCCAGUGCUGGCUGCUCCCACUAUCGCUCAUGCGUGUGUAAAAGAAAGCAUCAGUUAUCGCUCGUCCGUCCGUUCUCAACUAACACAGACCACGAUGAAUUCGCUGGUGGUGUUGCUAUCUGUGGUGGCGUUGGCCACAGCCUCUCCUUCUGGUGGCUUUGUAGCCCCUGUGAUCGCCAGGUUCGCUGAGCCAGCAUUCGUUGCGGCGCCAGCAGCUAUUGCUACCUCAGCCGCUGUAUCGCAGCAGUCCCGCAUCGACAUCAAGGCGUCCCCAGCUGUGGUUAACACCUAUGCUGCCGCUCCCGUCGCCUACGCAGCUCCCGUAGCAUAUAGUGCACCCGCCGUUGUCAAAACCGCAGUCGUCGCUGCCCCUGCUGCCGUCGCUGUCCCUGCUGCGACCUCAUACCAAUCUCGUGUGGACAUUAAGUCAGCUCCAUCUGUGGUUAGCACCUAUGCCGCCCCCGCUCCUGUAGUCUAUGCGGCUCCCGUAGCCUACAGCGCGCCAGCUGUUAUCAAAACCGCAAGCAUUGCUGCUCCUGCCGCUACAUCAUACCAAUCUCGUGUGGAUAUCAAGUCUUCUCCAGCUGUAGUUAGUGAGUAUGCCGCCGCCGCUCCCGUCGCCUACGCAGCUCCGACUAUUGUCAAGACUGCCGCCGUAGCUGCUCCUGUGGCUUAUGCCGCUCCAGCUGUCGUCAAAACCGCUGCCAUCGCUGCUCCAGCUGCGGUCUCUCACCAGUCUCGUGUGGACGUCAAAUCCUCGCCUGCUGUAGUCAGCACUACUUACACCGCUGCUGCUCCUGUUGCCUAUGCGGCACCUGUGGCGUACAGCGCCUCCUACGCGGCCCCUGCCUUAGUGAAAGCUACCGCUUUCUCUGCACCUGCGAUUGCUGCCGCCCCGUUUGUUGCCGCGCCUGCUGUGCCCCUGGAUACUCCUGAGGUGCUCGCUGCUCGUGCUGCCCACUUCGAAGCUAAGGCUGCGAUCACUGGCGCUCACAUCAUCCACAAGCGUUCUGCUGUACUGGCUGCUGCUCCCGUGUACUCAACAUAUGCUGCUGCCCCAAUAAUUUCUACAUACGCGGCCCCACUGGCUUACCACGCGCCCCUCACCUACUCAUCUCCUUUCUACACCCGAAGCGCCCUUAGCUUGCACCCCUGGUGAACACCACCACGGAUAUGAGACGUGUUACUUCUCCGGUAGAACUGACGAGUGGUAACUUAGAUGACACCUGUAAAUAAUAAAAUGAAAAACCACAAAA